UGAGUGAGUAACUCAGCUGGGUGAGUAAAAAUUCUACUACUCGACUCGUGAGUACCCAGUGCGCAGCCUAGUUAUGAGUGCUAGGUCAUGUGACCUUAUUUGGCCGGUGACCAUGUUCUUGCUUCACUUUGGCCAUUCUCUUUUCAAACUCUACCAAUCCAAACAGGCUUCAAAAUUAUGAUCCACAGCUUCGUGACCAAUAUCGCCGCAAUGAACGUUACGAUGAACGCCGCUCCAGCCAGAGCAACAACUCCCCUCCUGGCCUCCACUCGGCGAAUUUUCGGGCUGCUGCCCGGAAAGCAUCACUUGAUACCGGAAAGAAACGCAAGCGCACCAUGACCUACCAUGACGAUUUUCAGGAAGGACCAAUGCGCAAAGCCAUCUCCCGCCGAUAUGCAGAAGUACUGGAUGAGCUUGAAGGAGAUCAUGAGAUGCUGCGCGGAAGGGAGCCAGAGGACUUCUGGGAUGAGAUCACUGAACGGCUGGACUUGGAAACACGCAUAAUGGUGCUCAGUUUCAUGCGUCACGAUGUAGAAGGAGCAAAAGAUCGGAUACUCGCAGAACUUCUCCCAGACACGCAACCAUAGUCGAAGGCGCUCGGAAUUGCACGGGGUAUGAUCAUGAACAAGACCAAGGAUUGGAAAAGCAAGUUGAUCCGGCGGGUUACAGGCCAUGUUCGAACUGUCCUUGCCGCAGACGCAGCAGCUGAUGAAUUACUAAACGGAUGCACAUCGCUGAAGGCCCUCGUUGAGGUCUUCCGGAAGAGAUUUACAAAGGAUAAUUUCUUCGAAGUGUUUUUCUUUGUAGACGGGUAUCUCGACUUCGACAAAACUGCACAGCUUGGGCAGUACUACUGCCGGGAGCUGUACGCUCAUUUCUGUGGUCAUGGCAAACUCCUUGUGGACUGGGAGAAUUCAAAGGACCGGGUCGUUGAAGAUCCGCGUUCGCAGCGCGCCUUUAUGAAGAUGAUGAUGCGUUUCCCGUUGAGUGAGCACUUUGACGGCCUCUCUCGUGCAGAGUUCAAACUGACAGGUUUGAAAACGUCAGCAAACCGCGAGAAGAUGGUCCCGAAGACAUCAGAUUUGGCUGUGGGUGUGGAAUGUUUCUUUGCUUCAGAUGUAGCGCCACCUCCAGUUGAUUCUACGGUUCUACCAACUGCUGCCUCCGCUGAAACAGAAGCACCACCACCUGCCCCAACAUCUGUUCUGCCUCAUGCGCAGACAUCGACGGCAACAAAGACUGCCUCUCGUGGCACUGGCAGCAAGCAUCGCCAGAAGAGGCGACACUGAUGUGGAUUUUCUGGCUUGCAUCACAUCAACGACAUAUACGCAUUACGAUUUGGCUUGAAAUUGGGGGCUUCUUUUGGGAUGGCUGUUGAGCUGGCUGUGCUUGGUGAUCCUGGGUCAACGGAUUGAGGCUUUUAUAUUUGCUUGGCUG